GGGCUGCCCUACGGUGCUUUUGCAGGCUGGCGUUGCGCCGGAUGCCGGCUGUUUGCUAGUGUGUUACGGCACGCUAGGUGCGCGCUCGAGCUCGAGACUGUAUUGGAGCUUGAUUGGCCGUGCACGCAGCGCAGCGUUUUAACGCGAGACGCAGUGAUCACCUACCGACACGUCUGCCGCUGCACAAGCGAGCGCGGCACCGCUAAGCAGCACCAUGCCCCUAUCCGCAACUCUAGAGGGCUCCACCUACGAGUUAGAGGAAGUAGAUUUAACUUGGACGCUGCACGAGUUUAGAGAUGCUCUAGCGAACGCCUGCGGGUCCUUCAAGAUCUUUGACGCGGACGAGUGGCGCGUGCGCAAGGGGCCAGACGAAAAAAAAGACGACCUGGUCGGCGAGACGCUCUCAUUGCUCCAGCACGGCGUGCCGCUGGACGCGACCCUAACCGUCGUGCGCGUCGCGGCGUCGUCGCGGCCGCCCGGGACGUCUACGCGGAGGAAACUUGUGGAAGGUCCGCCGCCCGAGUCGUUGACCGCGCGUUUUGAUGUUGUGAUUGAUAUUGACGACCAGCCGCACACGAAUCAAAUUUAUGGGGUGCGCACUCGUCUGCGCGACGACGCGUGCGACCGGGAGCUGGAGCGACUGCCGGACGCCAAAAGGGCCGUUUAUUUAGCGGUCGACGCGAUGCUCAAGGCGGAUGAAAAAAGGAGGGUGCUCGACGCGAGCGUUUGUGGUGCUGUGGUUGAGGUGCUGCUCGUCGACGACUGACUAAUUGUUUUUGUGGUG